AUGUUCUUCAUGGGGCGACGUUUCGCCGCUUACCAUGGCAGCAGGUUCGAGCAGACCUACCGCUGCUACCCCGCGUCCUAUUCCAACAAUCCACACCUGGAAGACGGCGACAAGGUGAUCCUGCCGGCGUCCGCGCUCCAUCGCCUGACCCUCCUCCGCAUCGACUACCCGAUGCAAUUCGAGCUCCGCAGCACCGCCGCCGAACCCCAGCGCACCUCGCACUGCGGCGUGCUGGAGUUCGUGGCGGCGGAGGGCAGUGUGAUCAUGCCGUGCUGGAUGAUGCAGAACAUGGGGCUCCGGGAGGGCGACGCCGUGCGCUUGCGGAGCGCCGCCCUCCCCAAGGGCACGUACGUGAAGCUUCAGCCCCACGCGGCCGCCUUCCUCAACGUCUCCAACCCCAAGGCCGUCCUGGAGAAGACGCUGAGGACCUUCUCGUGCCUCACGACGGGGGACACCAUCAUGGUCUCCUACAACAGCAGGAACUACUACAUCGACAUCGUCGAGACCAAGCCGGCCGCGGCGGUCAGCAUCGUCGACACGGACUGUGAGGUGGAUUUCGCGCCUCCCCUCGAUUACAAGGAGCCUGAGAAGCCGCAGCAGCCUGCGGUCGUCGUCGUUCCUGCGAGCACCAAGGCAACUGCUGACGACGGCGAUGUGGUUAAAGAUGAGCCAGAGUUCAAACCGUUUACUGGUUCUGGGAAGAGGUUGGAUGGGAAAGCCUCGAAACCGCAAGCAGCUGAGGGUCCUUCCACUGAGGCACAACGUUCUGCGUCUUCAGAUUCAAUCGGAAGAGCAAAGCAGCAGCAAACGUCUGCACCGGCGGCAGCUUCGUCUGGAGCGAGCAGUUCCAGUCGUCAGAAACCAGGAAAGCUUGUGUUUGGUUCAGGUGCGACAAGCAAGGUAAUAAGCGGUAAGGAACCACAAAAGGCUGCGGUUAAGCAGACGGAGGAACCCCCCAAGGACGAGACGCCCAAGUUCCAAGCCUUCACGGGGAAGGGUUACUCCUUGAAACGUUAG